AUACCUUCUACCCGAACAACUACUCCAGAUUCUUCCUCAAUGGAAUGGAAUGGCACGUCACCCAAAGAGCUAACCUCUAAACAGAGAAUGGGCGCAUACGCCUGUUACGUUCACCCUUAGAAUACCAUUUCAACCAAUUCCCAUGAUGAACCAGAUAACAUCCGCAAUUCCGCGCAUUUAUACACUGAUUUGGUUGAUAUUUCCUCAGAUCUUCGUAUAUAACACGAAUUACCGUUUAGUCGGAUAUGAUUCUUUCCUGGUCGUGCACACAUCAAUAACCCCAUAUACCAACCUCCGCCGAAAUCCGCUAUAUAACCUCUCUCUUCCUUUUUCUUCUCCUUUUUUCCUUCUUUUGCUCUCUAUAGCAUCACAAUGGUUUCGGUUGAGAUCAUCCCUAGAUCGAAAAAUUUGGCAAAGGCCAAGACAUCCGCGGCCACGUUGCCUGACUUGAUCCAGUUCAUCGCAAAGCAAAACAAGAUCAACCCAAAUCGCUUGAGAUUGACCCACUUGCCUGACGACAAGUCCAAGAAGCACGUGCCUGUGAAUGUGGAAAAGUCGUUUGCGGAGAAUCAGUUGGACGCUCAGACCGUCACGGUUUACGUGAAGGACUUGGGUCCCCAGAUCCCGUGGAGAAACGUCUUCAUGACGGAGUAUGCGGGUCCGCUCUUUAUCCACCCGUUGAUCUACUUCUACGGUGGUAGGCUCUACGGUUCCACCACUAACGCCCACUCCGCCACGCAAACCACUGCCUUGGUGCUUGUGAUGCUCCACUUCCUCAAGCGCGAGUGGGAGACCGUGUAUGUGCACAGUUUUUCGUUGGCCACCAUGCCAGCCUUCAACAUCUUCAAGAACUCCUUCCACUACUGGGGCUUGUCUGGGGUUUUGCUUGGACUCUUUAUCUAUGCUCCUGUCGACACCGACAGCGGGUUCUUCACGCACACCGCGAACCACUCUACUUUGGUCCAGGUGCUUCUUGUCGCGUUCUGGGCGUAUGCUGAGGUCUCCAAUGGUGUCACCCAUCUCACGUUCAAGCACUUGAGAAGCGACGGCUCCAAGGACCACAAGAUUCCGUACGGCUACGGAUUUGACCUUGUGUCGUGUCCGAACUACUUCUUCGAAUCGUUGGCCUGGCUUGCCUUUUCCUUGUUGGUCAACAAUUGGAGCUCGUACUUGUUUCUCGUGGUCUCCACCGGCCAGAUGUGGUUAUGGGCCGUCAAGAAGCACCAGCGGUACAGAAAGGAGUUUGGCGCCACGUAUCCAAGAAGAAAGAUCAUGGUUCCGUUUGUUGCUUAGGAGACCCAUACACCAGUCUGCAGAAUGGGGGUGGGUGGUUUAUCCGAUACUGCGGUGACAAUUCCAGAUGUAAAUCAGCAAAUUUCCCUUAUGGGGUGUAUCACAUAUGAUUCUAGUAGGUCUGACUAUAAGUAAUGUUUUAUUUUUCCAUGAUAAGGGUUCAAAUAUCGCAAAUCCGUAACGUUCCCCUCAUUUGACCCAGCGGAGGUGAUACAGACUAAAUGUGUAGAUAACUGG